AUGAUUUUUACUCUGUUAACUACCCUUUUAUUUUACGCUCUAGGUGCUGAUACAAACGAAGUGGAGCUAUAUUAAAUAAAAAUUUAAGAUGUUUCACUCGACUGGAGCACAAAGACUAUUUCUUUAGACGAACAAACACUUAUAUUUACUAAACAUUUUAGAACUUAUGAAUCUAAAUAUUAAAUUGAAUUAGGCCUCUUAGACAUUUAUAAAAAUGAAUUAAUCAAAAAAGUACAAGUUGGGAACUCUAAUUUGGAAAAUUAUCAACCUUAAAUAAUUCUUAUUAAUAACUUCAUUUAUGUUGUCUAUGUCAGUCAAAAUUUAAGUAUUGUUAAAUUAGGCUUGAAGAAAUACGACCUAAACUUAGUAGAACAAUAGGUUGAGUACUCAUUCGGAGAUUCCUUAGAGGCUGCUAAAUUUGAUACAAAAAAGAAAUAUAUUGAUCUUACUCCAUUAAACAAUACUGCUUUCUCUAUAAUUUGGAAAUCUAUUGGUUAAACAGUGAAUCAAUAUUAAUGGAACUACAUUAAAUAUGAUGCUAAAUCAGAUAAACCAUCUCAAGCUCUGACUUUUCCAGAUAGUUAUGAUAUAGCUAUAGCCCAAAAUCUCUUAGGAACUAUUGGAAUAGUACAACUCUUUAAAUAAGUUAUUAGUAUAACAAAAAUUGAAGAUGAUUAGAUUUCUAAUGUAAUAUCACUCCCCACAAACUAUUAUUUUAAUGAAGAUUAUGGAACUAUUAAUAUUGUUGCUUUACCUAAUGGUGAAUUUAUCAUUUGCUAAUACGAUAUGGACUUUGCAUUUACUCUUUUUGACCGAGAUUUUAAUUGGAAACUUAAUAAAAUAACCAAUUCAGGACCUAAUUCUUGCGAGAAUUAUUAAUUAAGAAAAUCACUGUUUCAAUAAGAAUAUGAUUUAUUUUUAUUUUCAUAGGGAUAUGAUUCUCUAUGUUACACUUAGUAUGAUUUAUCAAACAACAGCUUUAAUAUAAAAUAGAAUAGAAAAAUAAUAAAACCAUAUUUUUGGACCUAAACAUACCAUCAAAGAAUAGAUUAACUAGGUUUUAAUAGAUUCUCAAUUAAAUGGUUGAGUUAUAAUAACUAUAUAUAUGAGUUGAGUACUAUAAAGAUAGACAUGAAUGUUAAACAAAAUGAAUGUAAACCAAAUUGCAAAUUAUGUGAUCCACAAUUUAAAUGCUUAACCUGUUAAGAUGGAUACACCUUUGUAAGUGUGAAAAACGAGUGUGUUCCAAAAUGUCCUGACAAUUGCGAUACCUGCAGCGAACCUUCUUAUUGCAUAAAAUGUAAAACUGGAUUUUAAUACACACCUGAAAACCUUUGCGUCACUCCUUAAAAUAUAAUUAAUGAAUUAAGGAUAAGCGAUGAAUAACAGCAAAAAGGACAAAUUAAAGUCUCAGUAAAGGAUAAUGAAAUUCUAAUAUUGUAUAGCUUAAUUGAAAAUAACAAACAAACAAAACUUGUUUUGAAAAGGCUUAAUAGCUAAGGAGCCCUAAUCAAAUAAAUUCAAAUUGAACAACAACCAAAUGAAAUAAUUGAUUUUGAUAUCUUCUCUGUAGAUGACAUGUAAUAAUUCCGCGUCAUAAUCAACUGGCUUACUGUAGAUUCCAUCGUUCAAAUAAUAGAUUAUCAAUAUGAUUUUGAAACAAUGUAGGUUCUAUAGUAAAAAACUAUUGAUAUCCAAUAAUAAAAAUUGAUUUCGAUAAGGAUUGCUCAACUUAAAAACUCAGAUGUCUACUAUUUUUAUGUGGUUUAAAAAGUAAAUGACAAUAAUCAAUAAUACUAUUCACUUUCUUUUCUAAAAAUAGAUGAUUAAGGAGUAUAUAGCAGUUAGACUGUUUAUUAAGAUAUCUAUAUCAUCAGAAGUUUCGAUAUUUAAGUCAGCUAGAAUAGUCUAUAUUUCAACUUUACCAAUCAAAAUUAUCUUUAUUAAUAUAAAAUAGAGUAAGUUUAAUUAACUUUUAUAACUACAACAGGUUUAACAUUUGAUAAUAAAUUGUUGAAUAGCUAUGAUUCAGCAAUCAUCAAAUUUGAUUAUGAUGAAUAUCUCAAUAAAUAAAUCUACAUAAAUUUCACUUCAACUAAUCCACUUCAAGUAUUGUAGGCCACUUAAUCCAGCAGAAACAUCAAAAAGGUUUCAUCCUCAAGAUUUGGAUAAUCAUAUGCUGUUCUAGCUUGGAUAGGUUUUUCUAAUGUAGAACUCCAAAAUCCUGUAAGUCAAGUUUUUACUUAAAUUGUGAAUUUAUAGACAGCACAAUUGACUAAUUUUAAGGAAUUGGUAUGUACAUAAAGUUGUAAUUCUUGCACAGAUCAGGGAAUAUGUUUAGAGUGCAAAAAUACAAAAUAUCAAUUGUAAAAUGGAAAAUGUGUUUUGACUUGUGAAAACAACUGUGAACUAUGCGAAACUGAAAACUAAUGCUUGUAAUGUUCUAAUGGGUUCUAUUUGAAUGAAAACUUACUAUGCGAUCAAACAUAGGAAUAAGAUAUCUAUUAUUAGGAUAAUUUAAUUCUAACUUAUAUUGCUUCAUAUGAUGAUUAAAUUCUAUAGGUUUCAUUAAAGAAAAAUAGUUCAAGGUACGAUAUUGUUUUUGAAGCUUAAAAUAGAUAAGGAUAAUCAAAAUCUGGAGAAAUUAGGAUUUCAAGUGAUUAAGAUAUUGUCUUAUUCAAUCGUCCUAAAGUUCUUAAGGUUAAUGAUUAGAUUGUAAUCUAAUACAUAAUGAGAAACCAAAAUUAACAAAAUGUUGGAUAAUUUGUUAUCUUAAACAACGAAUAUAUUUCCAUUAAUAGCUUUUCAACAUAAGGGGAAUUAUAUGGUAAUGAGGAUAUUUUAGAUUUCAUUUCAACUGAUGAUAACAAAAUCCAUAUUUUGUACAGUUAUUAUCAUUAUAGUUAUUGGGAAGGAGAAUAUAUUGUUUUAAAAUAUGACUAAUAUUCUAUGAGUCAAUCUGGAAAUCCCCAACUUUCCAAAACCUAAGGCCGUUAUUUAACUAGAAUAGAUAAAUAAUAAAAAGUUAGAAACAUAUAAAUUAUGAAAAACUUAGAAUUGUAAAAACUAACUGCAUCAUAUCUUUACACCGAAGAUAACAUAGAAACUUUCAAGGUAAUGUAUGUAAAUGAGGUGUUGGACUAUUUUUGGUUGGAUACAUAAGAGAAAUUUGAAUAUUACUUUAAUGACUUUUUUAUUUGGAUUGUGUCCUAUGAGAAAGUGAAUUCAAAUUUAGUCAAAGUGAAAUUUUACAAUUAAAAUCAAGAAUUAUAAUAAGAACACACAAUUGAGUCCUAAAAAUAAUUAAAUAACUUUUAAAUAGUAUUAUAGCCUAAGUUCAUUUAUUUCAUUUACACGGAGCAAUCAACAACUACUAGUAAUAUGAAUAUAUAGGUCAUAAAAUACUCAUUAAAUGGAGAACAAUUAACAUCAAGAUCAUUAUAUCACAACGAACUGAUUAUUUAAGGAUUAUCAACUUCAUCAUAUGACGAUUUGCUUUAUUUAACUUGGUCAUCCUUCACUAAUAAUAGAAUAUUCAAAGUUCGACUUAACUCCGAAUUGAACACUAUUCCUUUUGUUGAAUAGACAUGCAAUACUAAUUGUGAGAUUUGCGAUAGUAAUUUAAUUUGUACUCAGUGUGCUUCUGAUUAUCAAUAGAAUGAAUAAACUAAGAAAUGUGAGCCAAUAUGUGCUGAAAAUUGUUUUUCUUGUAAACAACCCUAUACCUGUGAUUAUUGUAAUGGUAACUCAAAAUUCAUUGAUCAGAAAUGCAGAAGUCUUUCAGACCUUCAAUUGGAAACCCCAAUAUGUAAGGACUCCUGUUAUGGUUUACCAUCAAUAAUAACCUUUUCAGACGAAACCACAAUUUAUUCAUAUCAAAAAUAUGAAAAUUCACAAUACAAGAUAAAUAUCAACAUAAAGUAUCAAACUCAGACUAGUUUAUUAUAAGAUUAAAAUCUCUUAAGUCAAGAUCAGGAAAUUGCUUAUCAUUAUUUGUAUUUAUAUGAAGAGAAUCAAAUUGCCUUAAUUUGGUUGAGUGGAAAUUGUUAAAUCUAAUGCAGACUCAUGUUACAAUUAUUCUAAAAAGAUUUGUAAGUUCUUUCCAACCCAUAUGAAUUGAGAAUAAUGAAGGUGAAAGUUAGUAAAUUUAAUUUGCAAAUACAAAAGUAUAACAACAAUAUGCUAUUAUUAUGGACAGAAUUAGAUUUAAAUGAUAUGAGCUAAACAAUGGUAGGGGAAUACAGUAUGACUAAUGGUUUUUCACUUAAGUCUAACAUAAACUAAAAUGAAAAUGAUGCUUCCUCAUUUGCUACUUUAAUAAUUUAGAGUGGUUAUUAUUAGAUAAUAUACGUUAAAAAUAAUUUGAUAAUAAAUUCACUGACAGUGGAUGGUUCUACGAACACUUAUAAAGUACUUUAUACAUCUAAAAGACCAAUCACAUCGUUGGCUGUUGCAAAUUCAUAUUAUUAUGGUAGUGUCAUUAAUUGGGUUGAACAGGAAGAAAUCAGUCUUUAUAUAUCGUAUAACUACUUAUAUUAUUAAUGGUUUGAUCAAAAUUUAAACGCUAGAGGUUCUUAUACCAAUCUGUUAAAAAGUGUUUAGCAAAUUACUCAAUUGGCUGCUUCUAAUUCAUAAAAUUACUAUGGAUAUUUCUUAUCGUUUGUCUAUUAAGAAUUUAGUGGUUAGUAUAGAAUUAGAUAUAAAUUCUUAAACAUUGACUAUUCUUACUAAAAUCUACAACUUGAGGAUUUUGCGAUUGGAAAUGCUUUAUCAUAAUAUACAUUUGAUUAUGGCUACAGGAUUUAUAAAUAGCCAAACUCAUUAAUUGUAAUCUUUUCAGGUUUUGUUGGUUCAUCAUAGUAAUUAUUCUAUUUAGAAGCCUAACAAUCAUCAUCACCUGUAAGUAAUUGCUUCUAAAGGAAUAUUAAAUAGGAAUGUGUAUUGUGUAGAUAGGGAUAUUAUUUGUUUGAAAAUGAAUGUGAAUUAGAUUUGCCUUAGCAUUGUAUUGAUGGCACCGACGGAAUCUGUGAAGUAUGCGAUUUAGGAUACAAAUUGACUAGUGAUCAUGUAUGCUAAUUAGACGAUUAGAGAUACAAAGAAAUGAAAAUGAAUGCUUAUGUCUUGUAGAGUAAAUAAAGGAUUACCACAUUUAAGAAUGGUGACUAUGUAACUGUUUGGUAUAGACAAUACUAUGAAAAUCAAGGAACAGGUGUGUUUAUGUCUAUGUUCAAUGCACAUGGUAAGAAAAUAUUGGAAGAGAAGAGAAUUAGCUUAUCAUUUGCGGGAAUUCAAAUCUAUCCUGAUGUUUAGGCUUUAGACAAUGACUAGUUUUGUGCAGUUUGGAUUGAAGGAGAUUUAUAAGUGUAAGCUAAGAUCAAACUUCAAAGAUUUACAAAAGACUUUGUUAGAGUUGGCGAUGAAAUCAUAGUCAAGGAAAAUGUUUAAUUAAAGCAUGCAUAACGAUUUGAUACACCAAUUAUGAUAUAAUCUAUAGUGAAUGGAUACGUAAUUGUGUGGACCCAAAAUUAUGUGGAAUCAAAUAGAAUUGUAGAGAAACUUCAUGUAGUCUUUUAUGAUUUACAAGAUAAAUAAUAAGGUUUCUUUGUCUUGAACAAAUAAGAAUCUAUCAUAAAUUCUGAACCUGUUGUUGCAUCAAAUGAUCAAAUAAUUGUAAUUGUAUGGCAAUCAGAUUUUGGAAUCAUAGCAAGCAAAUUUAGUCUUAAUUAUGUUUAUAUUAGUUAAUAGAUCCUAUCAGAAAAUGGUCAAGCUCCUACAAUAGGUGUUCUAAGUGAUAAUAAAUUCAUUAUUGCAUGGAGAGAAACCUUUAUUAAUAGCAAUGAUUUCAUGAGUCAAAGCAUUAUGUAUAGAAAAUACACUAACGACUUGAACACCUGGGAAUUUAGUAAUUAGAUCAUAAUUCCAGACCAUAACUUGAAUAAUCCUGAUGUUCUGGCUACACUCAAAGGAUUUGCCAUCAUCUUUGAAAAUAGACAUGCAAUGAUGAGUGAUUUAAGAAAUCUUAAAAUGUAACUAUUUAAUCUAGAUGGAUUUUAAAUUACCCAGAUCAUAGAUGUUUACAAUGAAUGGAAUCUAUAUCCCCAUCAUCCUUAAUUAACAUAGUUGCCAUAAGGUGAAUUCCUGGUUUCAUGGACUCUGAGUUUGUUAUAAGAAGCCAGCUUUUAGGAUGAUUUAUACAUGAAGAGAUAUAACAGUGAAGGACUUUAAUUACCUAUGGAUACUGUUGUUUGCCCCUAGAAUUGCUUAUAAUGCAAUGAAAGUGAUGUUUGUUAAGUCUGUCAGAAGGAUUAUGUUCUUAACAAUAAAGCCUGUGUUUCAUCAAUUCCUCAUUGUACAGCAUAUUUAGCAAAUAGUGUGGAAUUGGUUUGCCAAACUUGUGAAGCAGAAUAUUAGUUGACUCAAAACAUCUGUUUCUAAGUAAGUAAAUUAAAAUAACUCAAUGUUGAAUUCGUAAAAGAUAUCACUUCCAAGUUUGCUAUUGUCAAAUUUACAAAUAGUGACAUGUUAUUCAUCUGGUAGGAGUAGGAUAAAUUGAUGUUCUAAAAGUUUGAUCAAUAUGGCAAAUAAUAUUAUGUAGCAAAAUAAAAUUAAGAUGUAGGGAGACUUUAAAUGGUAGUAUUUGAUGCAUGUGAGAUCGAAAAUAAUUACUUUAUAAUUGUUUAUUAGAAUUUCAGGGAAUAAGAAAUACAACUUAAGGUUUAUGAUGAAAAAGAAACACUACUUAUUCAAAGAAUGUAAUAGAUAAACUAAUUAUCAACUUCAACUGUUUAGUUUUUAAUUUUGAAACACCUGGGAAAUAAUAAAAUAGCAAUGAUCUAUUAAGUAUAAUAAGAUUAAAAAACCUCCACAUAGUUAUAUAUGAAGUUUAUCAAGAUUACUGGCCAAAAUGGAGGCAUUGAUAUCUCAUUUCAAUAAUAAUCAAUAUUAGUUCUUUAAAUGGAAUAAUAAUCAUCUUCACAAUCAAUUGAUGUUUAAAUUGUAGGCAAUUACAUUAAAAUAUGCAUUGAAAAUGUUCAAAAAUCAGAAAUAAGAUACAUUUACAAGAUCUAUGAUUUCUUUGGCAAUCUAGUAAAAACUAUUACUAAGAAGAAUGACAACACUUAGGUAGAAUUCAAGUUAAUGGAAUUGGAAGAUGGGUCAUUCCUUGAAGUGUGGACUGAGAUUAGUUAUUCUAAAUAUGAAGUGUUUUAUGUGGUAAAGGCCAAUAACAACAAUUUAUUUGAACCCAAGAAAUUGUCGACUAGUUCAGAAUUUUAUAAGCUUGAUCUAAAGACCCAUAUGUUGAGUGAUUCAAUUGCAGUUAUUUGGAGAGAAGGUUCUUACAAAGGAGACAUGACAGCUAAUACAAUUUACAAAACUGUUUUAAUAUCCAAAGAAGACUAUAAGAAAAUUACUAAUCCAUAAUAGCUGAAUUCAGAUAGUUUUGUUAAACAAGGAGUAGAUAACUAUUUGCAAAUAAUUUAAUUGUCAAAUUAAGAUAUUGUGAUUGGAUGGAUUUCUUAUAAUUUCUAAGCUAAAUCAAAUGCCAUUUCUGCUAUUAAGUUAAAUUAAAUAGGUGAGAUCUUAGAUUUUAGUUAAUACAGAUGCUCAAAUGGAUGCUAAGAGUGCACAAACCUAGGUAAAUGCAUAAAGUGCUACGAUGAAGAUAAAUAUAUACUAAAUUAAUUGGGAAAUUGCAUUAUUAAGUAAGCGUAGUGCAAAAACUAUAAAACUGAUUGUUAAAAUUGUUUGGAUGGAUUUUAUAGGAACAGAUACAAUUAAUGCAAUGAAAUAAAAUAAAAUGUGGAAAUAGAUUUUCUAUUGAUCAAUUUAUAUUCAUAUGACAGUUAUAAGGUGGCAAGUUAUAAAAAUGGUACUGUAAUUGUGACUCAAAAAAAUACAGACAAAUCUAUUGGAAUUAGAGUCGUCAGUUCAGACGGCACAUUACUUAAGGAUAAUUAGAUGAUUACUGAAAUAACUCAAGACCCUCAGGUUCCUUUUGAUCAAACCAUUCUUCAUUUUUAAGUGAUGAUUGAUGAUAAAGAUGUUUUGACCUAUGCUUAUAUUGUAGGUAGUUAAUACUAGAAUUACUAUUUGUAUUACGUAGUUGAAUAAUUUGACGACCAAUUCAACAGAAUUGGGGAUAGAAGAAUAACAUAUUUGAAUGGUAAUUCGUAUUCUUCUUCAACAUUUAUUCUGAAAAAUCUAUAAAAUACUUUAAUUGGAGUUGCUGUAAAAGUAGAGCGCACUGUACUAUUUAGUGUUUAUACAUCUGAUCUUAGUUAAUUGAUAGGAAAUGUUGCAAUCCCAACCAAUGACUAAUUUGAAUUUAUAUCCAACGGAGAGUAUAUUCUCUAUGGCUAUGUAGAAUGGUAGUGCAACGUUAAUUAUUAAUCAUGCACUGUGAUAAAAGUUUAUGAUAAAUAACUAAGGUUUAUCAAGGAUAUUCAAAUAAAUGAUGCACAAUACAUAAAAAUGACUAUUAAUGAUUAAAAAUAAUUCAUAGUGCUGACAAAAUCUUAAAUAAAUAUCAUAGACAAGGCAUAAUUAAUUAAAUCUAGCCCUAUAAUUUAAUAAAUGUCACUACCUCUUUAAAUUUUUCUCAAUCAAAACAGCGAAUUAGUGAUCUUUUCUUAUGAUGAACAAAAUAUCCGCAGUUUAUAGUUGACAACUUUUAGUAUUGAUGGACAAGUAAAAAGAGAAAUCUAAGUUAAUAUCAAAGCCUUAGAAUAUGGAAUCUAUGGGCUAUUCUAGCUUUAGAAUACAGACAUAAUUAUUCUCUUUUCUGGAUAGUAAUUCGAACCUACUACAUAUACUAACAAACCCUAUAUAAGACUAGCAAGAUUUGAUUAAUUCGGAGAGUCUUAAAGUGCAAUUUAAAUCGUUUGUCCUUAAAAUUGCGAGUUAUGCUACUAGGAAUCUACAUGCAACAUCUGUAAACCUGGAUACAAUAGGAAUGAACAAACUUUAUUAUGCUAGAAAAUCUGUACUAUUGAGGGUUGCCAAUCAUGUGAGAAUUCUAAUUGUGAUGUUUGCAAGGAUGGAAUGUUCUUUAGUUUUGAUGGGCGUUGUGUAGCACUCGUUUAAGAUCCAACUAUUGAUGAAAAAGUGAGAUAUACUAUUGAUAAGCAAUUUUAUUAGGAAAUAAGAAAGAAGGUGCUAAAAUUCUCAAAUAAUGAAUUUGCUUUGAUAUAUUAGGCUUAUGAUUUUGUGAGAUUUUAAAGAUUCAACGCCUAAGGAAAGGAAUUACUGGUUUCUGAUUUCAAUGUAAACGCCUAGAUCCUAUCUCUGGAUGCUGCUAUUGUCAAAGAUCAAAUUUAUAUUAUAAUAGUCACCGUUUUAGAGCCUUAAAGUUAUUAGGUUUAUUACUACUUUGAGACACUCAAAUCAUUUAAAUUACUUUUUACCAAUUAACUUCCAUAUCAAAUUACCUCUGCCACUAUCAAAGCCUUUUCAUCAAGCUACGUUAUUCUAGUUACUUCAUACGAUAAUUAUUAUUUUGAUUUCGCAUACAUGCAAUGCUUAACUCAAUCCCUCUACUUUUAUGAUUAAUCCAAUUUACUAAUAGAUUCUAAAGUCAAUUUCAAUAAUCCAACACCUCUAACAUAUGGAGAUUGCAAUAUCAAUAAAAUAAAUAACCUUUACAUUUUUGGUGACAUCCUCUAUACAAUAAUUAUCAGUUAGACACAAUUAAGAAUGAUUGCACUGAAUUAUUUAGGUUAAAAUUAUGGUGAGGUUCCAUUGGACAUACCAAAUAUAGAAUAGAUUGAAUUUACUUUAGAUUCUGAGAUUGUAAUUCUUUUCAAAUAAAUUGGAACAUAAGCUUGGAACCUAAGGAUCAUGAAUACUCAAUUUUAGACCCUAUUUAAUUUGGAUAAUUAUCUCAGAGGAGAUUUAAGUGUCAGCAUGGUGACAACAAAUUCAAAUAUUGUUAUAGCUUGGAGUCAGAAGAACAAAUAAUCAAUAGUCGAGUUUGUGGUGUUAGAUAGAUAGGGAACCAAGAUCAAAUCUAAUUAUAUUAACGGACAAUAUAGUUCACUACCAUUGUUGACUGAAUUAGACAAUCAAAUUGUUUGUUUGGUUUGGAGUGUUUGGAGUAAUCAAUAACAAUGGACCUUAUCAUAUUCUCUAUUAGAUAAAACUGGAGAAUUCACUCCAUUCAAACAUGUUGUUUGUCCUUAGAAUUGUUUGCAAUGCAAUGAUUCAUCAGAUUGUUCGUAAUGUCAAGAUGGAUAUAAUCUAAUGACCUAUUAUAAGGAUGAAACAUCGUUUUAUAGCAUAUGUUAAAAAAAAUGUGACCCUUUCUGUGAGAUUUGUGAUUUUGGAAGAUGCAUGAGAUGCAAAUCAUAGUAUUAUGUUGGCAUAGAUGGAGUUUGCAUAUGGAAUGAAUUCGAAAAUAAGGCCAUUUAGAUCAAUGAGUUUACAUAAUUUAGUUAAGUUACGCCAAGUGCAGCUAAGUUUAAAGAUGGUUCAAUUUUGAUGUCAUGGUCAAGUAACAAUGAAGAUGAGGAUAGUUGGGGAGUGUUUGCUUAAUUGUUAAAUAAUCAGGGUCAGAAGGUUGGCAACAAUUUUAGAGUGAGUCAAAGUGUCUUUGGUGCAUAACAUAGUCCAUAAGUGGCAGUGUUAGAGGAUGACACAGCAAUCAUCACAUUUAUUGAAGGUAAUCCAGAAAAGGAAGCCAUGAUUAAAGGAAUAAGAUUUAAUAAUCAUCUAGAUGUUAUAGGAAAUGAACAAUUGUUUACUAUUUUCCAUCUAGAGAAUUUCUAAUUGAACAGUUAUUUCAUCAAUAAGAUAGUAAGUCUGAAAAACGGUGGAUUUGUUAUUAUAUGGUUGUCUAUUAAUCAAAUCAACUUACAAUUCUAUGAUUCUGCCAGUAAUCUAAUUAUCUAAACAUAAAUAUUGAAUUAGAAAUAGUAUUAGAGUUUGGAAGUGGCUGUGACAACAACUGAAUUAGCUAUUCUAUAUUAAAAUACUGGAUUUAGAUAUAGUGUAUGCAUUUACUCACAAGAGGGAGUCCUGUUGUCUGAUUAAGAAUUGUAAGGUUGGGAUAAUGAUCAAAUUAAUCAAUUUAAAUUGAUUAGCAUUUCUCAUUACUUUGCUUUGGCUAGUAUCAUCUAAGUAUCUGAAUCAUAGAAAGUCAAAGUACAAUUUUACAACAAUCAGUUCUCUCCAGUUGGUAAUCCAAUCUUUGUGGCAUACAACUCUUUUAACCAAUACUAGAAAUAUGCUUACUUCUAAAUGAUAGAUUUCUUCAGUUUAAAUGAUGGGGCAUUAUUGAUUCUAUCUGAAAGCAUGGAUUUAGCUUUAUAUCGUUAAUUUUAUAUUGAUAUCAACUGGUAAGUGACUGAAUUGCUGCCAUUCGGAUUCAACUUCUAAUAAUAAUUCGUUGCCUAUCAAACAAAAUUGUAUGUGUUAUCAAAUAUCAAUGCUGAUCAGUAUUUCAUUUAUUGUAAUGCUCCUUCAUAAAAUGAUAAUUAAUAUACGAUCAAUUCUGUUAACUAGAACAUCUAUAUUUAAAGAUUAUCUAAGGAACCAAAAAUAGUUCCAAUAGAUUAGAUCGUUUGUUCUAGAGAUUGUAGAUCAUGUGCUACUUAAAACACUUGUUCACAAUGUUUGAACUAAUAUUUACUGUAGGAUCAAUAAUGUAUGCCAUAAUGUGAAAGUAACUGCCUCGUAUGUUUGAUUCCAAAGAUUUGUGAAAUUUGUUAUGAUGGAUACUAUUAGAGAGUACAAGGAAAAUGCUCACCAAUUCCAGUCAAUUAUCAAGAACCCCAAGUUCUGCUGAGUUAUCCGUUCUUAAAUAAUCUCAUUGAUUUGAAUGUAUUGCCUAAUGGAUAAACAAUCCUUUACACCUAGCAAACCUUAUUUGAUCAAUAAAAAGAGAUAUUCACUCUAUACAUUUACUAAAACAAUGAUUUGAUUAAGCAGAUUUCGGUUUAAACUAACACAUUAACAACCAAUUAUUACUCCAUAUAUCCAUUUUACAUUGAAGAGAAUUAUUACUUGCUGUUCCAUAUGAAUGAUGGUAUUAAGAUCAUAAAGUAUAAUGCCCAACAAGAGGAAGUCUUAAACACUCUUUUGAGAAUUGAAACCAUUGAUACAAACAUCAACAUUUGGAAUAUCAUUUUGAAUCCAAUUGGCAUUAAUCAAUAUUCUCUGAUCUAUUACAAGAUAUUCUUUGGAGUGUUUAGAGUGUUGUAUGAUGAAUCAUUUAAUGUGAUUCAAAAAGAAUAAAUAUUUGAUUGCAGUUAAGGCUGGUAUGAUUUUAACAGAAUCAAGGAUUCGAUCAUGUUAUCUAAAAAAGAUGAAAGAUAUACAUUUUCUAAUUCCCUAACCAUUUAACAAACCAAAUAAGUUUGUCUGUAUUCAGAAAUAUUCCACUACAAUUCUUGUGACAUUUACUAACUAUCUAAUGGCAAUAAGAUUUAAAUUAUUUCAGGAACCCAAAAUCUUAAGUAUUAUAGUAGCAAUGAAAUUGAAUCCAACUAUUAGGUGUAUUACAGAAUACUUGAUAGCUAAGAUAUACCCUUAACAACUGAGGCUUUGGUGUUGGAGAACAAAUUCUCCAAUCAGCAAUUUGCUCAGCUAUUUGCCUUCUAAGAUUCAUUCACAAUAAUAAUUGAAAAGCCUAACUACCAUAACUAUGAAAAUAUUGAAAUAUAUUCUUAGAGAUUCGACAAUGCAGGUAUGAAAAUUGGGGAGCCACAAUUUGUUUUAUUCAAUAAAGGAUGGCAGAAGCGAUUCUAUAAGCAAACUUCAAACGGAUACAUAAUUUACCAGGAGUAAAGAAUAUACUAAUAAAGUCUUCCACCAGAGUCAUAAAAAGUGACCAUUUAUUACAAACAAUAUGAUUAAUUCGGUAAUAUUCCAUUUUGGAGCACAAAUAAGAACUGCAUAGCUAAUUGCGAUAAGUGUAUCAACUCCUAUUACUGUGAAUAAUGCAGUCAAAAUUACUAACUGGAUACUAACAGCAAAUGUAAAUUGACAUGUCAAGACAAUUGUAAUCAAUGUACUAGUUUUGCAGUUUGUGACGCUUGUAACAUCGGAUACAAAUUAGUAAAUGGACAAUGCGUUAAAAUUAUUUGUGUUAGUAAUUGUGCACAAUGUUUAGAAGACACCACCACUACGACAACAACCUAUUGUAAAGUGUGUGAUGAUAAUUACUAUCUCAGCACUGAUAAUUAAAAAUGUCUUCCUCAUUGUCCUGCUAAUUGCAGUCAAUGCAGUGUUCCUCUUGAAUGCUAAACUUGUGCUUUCGGCUAUGUAGUUACAUCCGACAAAAAGUGCCAAUAAGAAAAUUCAUCCAUUCUAGAUUAAAUCAAAAAUACAACUGUGGGAACACCCCUUAUGGCUACCUUCCCUGAUGGCAGCUACAUUCUUAUGUGGUACUAAAAUGGAGAUAAUGCUGGUGUCUAUUUCUAAUUGUAUUCUGUUGAUAAUGUCAAAGUUGGAGACCCAAUGAAAGUUACUGGAAAUGCCAGAAGAUUGUUAAGUCAGCAAUCCAUCAUCCAAAACUUUUAUGCAGACAUAAUUUCGAUUGAUUAUGAAUUCUUUGUUACUUGGAUGGAUGCUUCUUCAGCCUCAACCGACGUUAAAUUGAAGAAGUUUUCCUCUGAUGGGACUGCUUAAAGCCAAGAUAUUCUAUUGGGAACUCAUCAAAAAACAGAUUUACAAGACAUUAAAAUACCUUGUCAAAUUAAAAAGACUCCAAACAAUUCUUUAUUGAUUGCUUAUAUGGCCAAAAGCGAUAAAGUAUCUAAUGAUUUCUCCAUGUUCAUUUCAUCAUAUGACUCACUCAUGAAUAGUAAGACAUCAGUUCAAGAAAUUAAAAAGGUUAACUAAUUAGCUGCUCCAUCUAUUGUAGCCGAUGAAAAUGGAAUAAUCUCCUUAACCUACUAAAGUGAUGGCUAUGUCUUUGUUCAAUAAAUCACUGAAGAUGGAGACCUGAUUGAUUCUCCAAAAGCAAUUGCCGACUCUAAUUCCAUCAACUUAAGAGUUACUAACUUAGCUAAUGGAAUCAUGGUGUUUUUAUGGGAAAACAAAAACCUAUAGUUAUCCUAACCUCAAUUCAUCUUGAAUUACUAAUUAAUAUCUAAGGAUCUAAAGACAAGAAGUGAGGUUAAGAGUGUUGGUGACAUCUAGAUUGCUUCCUUGACUCCAGAUAUCUAAUCAUUUAAUGAUGGAUUUAUAGUUGCCUGGAAGAUCACUGACUCCAAUUAUAAAUCAAUUGGAAUUGAAUUUUAGAUCUUCGAUUCUAUGGGUGUGUCCAGUAGCCAAAUCAUUGAAGUGUAAAUCGAAGGCAUUUAUCCUCAAACCCCAAGAAUACAAAUUAUCAAUGAGAAUCAAUUUGCUGUGACUUGGACAGCCAAAAAUAUUGAUUCUGAUGGAACUAUUCUAGGGGAUGGCAUUUUUAUGUAAAAAUACAAUAAGUAUGGAACCUUGAUUACAGAUUCAUCUUCCUCAUCUGAUCUUUGUAGUUAUUAAUGUCAAAGUUGUCAAUCACCUCUGGUUUGUUUGAAAUGCUAAUACGGCUUCUAUUUGAACAAAAACAACUAGUGCAUUAUGGAUUGUGGCGCAUUCUGUGAUUCUUGUGAAAUCCCUUGGACAUGUUAGAUCUGCAAGAAUGGCUAUCAAUUAAAUAACAAUGAAGCUUGUAUUGAAACUGAAUGUUCCGAAGGCUACUUUAGAAAUAUAUCUACUAAACUUUGUGAGCCAAAGUGUCCUGAUGAUUGCGAGGACUGCACAGCUCCAGAUAUUUGCACCACUUGUAAGAUCGGAUAUUCACUAUCUGAUUCUUCUUGUAUUUCAGAUACUUUAACUACGGAACAAUUUACAAUCAUGACUAUUGUGAUUAUUAUCUUGGCAGCUGCAUUCAUAAGCGUCUCAGCUUGCUCCAUCAACUUGUAUUGCAAAUAUAAAAAAUUGCUCAAAGAACCAAGCUAUUGCCAAGUACAUCCAGUAUAAGAUAUAAAUAAGAGUGUUAGUAAUGUAAGCUGCAAUGUGAGUGUCAUCAGAUUGAGAUAGAAUGAAUGA